AUGGGCAUGCACAAAACUGUAUUAAAUCACGGCCACGAAAAAGACGAUGUCAAUAUUUUAACUCGACAAAAAGUAAGUAAUAAAUUAAAACGUAAAGCUUUGGAGGAUCCCUUUGAAAAGCCAUGUAAGAUUUUACACCGAGAAUUACGCGAAGGAGACAUAAGUAGCUUAACUACUACAGACACAAUGCGUAAAAGAAAAAAUAUUCACUAUGCACGUUCAAGUAUGAUUCCAAAGUUGCCUACAAAUUUAGAUGAACUACAUUUGGCUCUAACAAAUUUAGAUAAAAUUGGUGAAUUAAAUUUGACUUUUACACCACGCAUAAUUUACGCUGAUUUCGAACAAGCUAUUCACUUGACAAUUUCAGAGAUUUUUCCCGAAGUAGUUCGUAAAGGCUGUCGCUUUCACUUGGGCCAGUCUAUGCGGAGAAAAAUCCAACCACUUGGCCUAACUAAGAACUUUAAAAAGAAAUCAGAAAUCGCUAUAGAGAUGUCUCGUGAACAAGCACUACGGGCAAUGCGCUAUGUGCGACAAAGUGUGAAUCCACCAACACCAGAUAAUCUCAGGGCCAUGGGAGAGAUUAUUGUGUCACCAACAUGGCAAAAUCGUCUACUUUAUUCUGUAGACGAUAAUGCACCAUUCUUCCAUGGAAACUUGGAGUUCAUAGUCAAUGAAGAAUUGAUUUUUGGAGGAUUGAUUUUUUUAAAUUUGGCAUUUUUACGACGCAUUGCUCCAUACCUUCGUGAAGCAAGAGUCUUGGCAAUUGAUGGCACAUUUGGUGUCAUUCCGCGAGUUCCUGCUGAUGCCGAGCAGUUGAUCACAAUCCAUGCUGUCUUGGACAAUGUCUCAGUUCCUGUGGUAUAUGCUUUACUAAAUCACAGAACAGAAAACGUCUACAUAGGACUGUGGCAAUAUGUGCGAUAUAAUUUACCAGAAGAUAUUUUUGACUGGCAAAAUGUAAGUAUUGUUUCAGACUUUGAAACAGCCAUGCGAAAUGCAAUACAAAUAGUGAUUCCAGAAUGCCAAUUGAUCGGGUGCUGGUUCCAUUUUUGCCAGGUAAUAAUCAAAUUGUGCAUUAAUGUUUUUAUUAUUGUAUAG